AAGUGCUGGGCGCGCGCCUCCUGCUGCCGCACUUUCACUCUCCGCAGUCGCAUCCCCUCCGCGUCCUGCCUCCGUCCGCCCGCCGCCCGCUCUUGCCAUGGAUGCCAAGAUCUUCGCUGUGCUGGCCCUCGUGCUGGCUGCGCUGUGCCUCAGCGACGGGAAACCGGUCAGCCUGAGCUACAGAUGCCCUUGCCGAUUCUUUGAGAGCCACGUCGCCAGAGCCAAUGUCAAGCAUCUCAAAAUCCUCAACACUCCGAAUUGUGCCCUUCAGAUCGUGGCAAGGCUGAAGAACAACAAUAGACAAGUGUGCAUCGACCCGAAAUUGAAGUGGAUUCAGGAAUACCUGGAGAAAGCUUUAAACAAGAGGUUCAAGAUGUGAGAGGCGCAGGUUGGGUCAGACGCCUGAGGAAACCUUACAGUAGGAGCCCAGGUCUGAAAUCAGUGUUAGGAAGGGUCUGUAGCCACUCCCCUGCACCCAGGCAGGCCUGAAUGCAUUUCCAAGGGCCUUGUCUUGCACAGUUUGCCUUACUUCACCAUUUGAUUAUGUAGCAAAAUAUAUGGCGUUUAUUUCUCAUUUAGUCUGAUUAUCCAGCAUCACUGGCGACAGAUAGGAACUUAGAUUAAGGCCAUUCUUUUACCUGCUUUGUUAUAAUGUCCUUCCCACGGAACCCAUUAUCUAGCCAGAGGUUUCUGAGCUGUGCAAGCUGGAACCCCAGACCGAGGGAGCCUUGCCCACAUCACCAUGUCCAGGGUGGAGAGCCACCAGGAGGUGUCAGCACCAGUCAGCGUGGGCAGACCUUAGUGAAGGCUGCCCUGUGCAGGGGCGGGGGGUGGGGGGAGAGGUUCUGGGGCGCCAGGCAGGAGCCUCACCCUUCCUCAGGGUGAGAGCAGGGUUCUGCCUCUUUGGCGAAUACCGCAGGGCUUCCCUGAGCUGAGGCAGGCAGGAGUGUGAGGCCAGGGUAGGGUGAGAUUCACCCCUCAUCCCAAGCUCUCCUCUACAUCCCAUCACGUCCUUCUCAUCAUUCUCUCUCUCAUCCAUCAUCAUGUGUAUCCAAGACUGUCUCCAUGACCCAGGAAAAGGACUCUCUCAAGAGCAAAGCUUUACUUUAAACUGGGCACCAAGAAGUAAAUCAAAAUGUCUCGUGUUACCCGGUCCUGAAAGCACUGUGCACAUCUGUGGCUUGUUUGGGAUAUUGUCCAUUGUCCAAUCCUGUGUUUUUGUUCAAAGCCAAUGUCCUCCGUGCAUGCACUGUCAGUUCCUCAAAUGCAAAGCCUGAGAGUGAGGAGAUGCCCCUUGGGGCCUUUGACCAGGUUUCUGAUCAGGGCUGUGAUCCUUUUGGAUGGAACCUUGUUUUCCCCAUGAUCACAAACCCAUGUUGGAUCAACAGAGCCCAAGGGAAUUCGGUUUGCAGCAGUAUGACCUUCGAGGAUGCAGACCCUCAAGGCGUCUAUAAUUGUUGGUACCUCAGAACUACAGAGAGUUUUGUCUUCAUGGUGUCAGCAUUGUUUGGGGAAUAACAAGAAAAAAUUUUCAACUUUUUUUUGGUUUUGAAAGCCCAAUCCAUAAAAUAAUCAAUCCUGGACAUGAAGAUUCCUUCCUAAUUAAAAUCUAACCUCAUUUUUUUCACCAUUUGAUGAUCCCAUCAUCUCUUAACUUUGCACAGUGGCCCCUGGACCUUCUCUGCUGCCGCUGUCAUCUUGUACUUACAGGACAUCCAGCAGGGCAUUCCUCUUAGAAAAGAAUGGGCUGGUUGGGAAAGUAGCUUAAAAAUCCUGACAUUUAGGGUGUUUCCCUUUACUGAGAGCAGUUUGUAGAGUUGCAUUAAACAGUUUAAAAAUCUCACUUUCUGAAAAGGUAGGCACUUGAGGGGUUUUGGCUUGUCUUGUUUUUCAUUUGGUCUCACUAAUACUUUUCCCCUCUGUUUAAGUUUUUUUUAAUUAAGAAAGUAGAAAAAAAGAAGGGCAAAACAAGGAAAUGUAUCAAUUGACAGGAUGAUGUAAAUAACAUGCAGAAAGUAUAUUCUUGUAAAAUAAUCUUGAAUUGUAGGUGUUCUCAGAUUUAAUAAUCUUUGGGUUAUCAGUAACAUGUGUUAGGCAUUUCCGUAAAUAUGCCUUUAAAUUAGAUCUUCACGCAAAUAGACGCAAAUCCAUCAACCAAACAAAAAUUCACAUCCUCAAACCAGCUUUGUUAUAUUGAAAACAAUAGAGUAUGGAGGGGCCUUUAUUAGUUAUAAGGGAUACAGAGCUGGUUUCAAAACCCUCUUCUGAAGUUAACCUGUCACUACAGGGCUCCUGCAGUAUACAUGAAAUGAUCUAAUUUUCAGUUGUAGAGUCAUUUUCCAAGUAAUUCAAGACAUUUUAAAAUCUCAUGGAAAAUUUGGAAUUAUCAUCUCCUGGAACCCAUGAACCAGAACCAUUAAAUCUCUUUCUCCAAGAAAAUUAACAUGGCCCUAAAUAAAUCUUGACUACAGUUAAGAAUAAUUUUUGUUUCUCCCCUAUAGGGGGAAAAAUAGAUAAGAGGAGAAACUGCAGGAAAAAUGAUUUGUGUGACAAUCCCUCUACUUGCAAUCUGCUCCUAAGUGGAGACUGCCCAGCUAAAGCAAAUAUGCAUUUAAAUAGUCCAUUUGCAAAGGAAAAGGCUCUCCUGAUCCCCUUUUGCUUUCAAAAUACAAGUUCCGUGGAUCACUUUGAUUAGGGGUCACCUAGCUGUUCCUCCUGGUCCAGCGCUGCCUCUACCUGACCUUCCCUUGGGCUCCAUGUAACCUCCAGGGUGGUCCUCCACUGCCAGCCUUUGCAUCAGGACCCAGGCAGAGAAGACUUGGGGGGACUGAACUCACAGACGUGCUGUGUGUUGGAAUCUGAAUCUGUGCCUUGUGUUGUUUUGCACUGUUCUUUGUCCCACUCCGGCCAGCUGCUGAGACCCCAGCGAGACACACGAAGGACCCUCUGCUUAUCUGCCUGUCCUCCAGAAAAAGGAGGGCCAGCUUUGAGCAGAGGGCCUGAGUAGCAAAAGGUUGCAGCCCCCACUGUGUGAAGUCCAGAGAACUUCUAAGCCUUUUCACUGGAUCUGAUUUGACCUUCCUUUUCUGACUGCCCCCUGGUGUUAUCACUAUGGGAUCUCUCACUGGGAGUUCAUCACCUUUCCCAGGUGGUGCAUCCUUUUGUAGCUGGAUGAGAACUGUGGGGUCCUGAUCUCUCUAUGCAUAUUCCCUGGGAAAUUUCCCAUCCCUGGGAAAUGUUCCCUGGAAACCUUCAAGUCCCCUAAGGAGAUCACUGACAUUGUCAAGUUGAAAAAUCCCAUAGGCUGUUAUUCUGCAACCUCGCUGGACUCUCAGUCUCUGAGCAGUGAUGGGUUCAGUGUUAAAUGUGAUAAAUACUGUAUUUUGUAUUGUUUAAAUUGCAUCUCCCACAUAAUGUGAAAAUGGUCCAGGAGAAGGCAGCUUUCUAUAUGCAGUGUGCUUUUUUUUUUUUUAACAAGUAACAACUCCUUUUGAGAAACAACAAUUUCUACUUUGAAGUCAUAUCAAUGAAAAGAUGUAUAUGCACUUAUAAUUUUCCUAAUAAAGACAUGUACUCAAAUGUA